AUGGCGAACUGGCAGCAGUACAAUCCCUUUGGGAAAAGGGACUCCCACUCGAACAACUCGAUCCUCACCUACAAGAUUCUGACCCUUAUUACCUGGAUCUUGUCCCUGGUCGUCACCGUUUACUAUACUCUCCACCGUCCUGACGAUGGCCACACUCGAAACCGAAAGAUCUGGGAGCAAAACCACAUGUACCGCACCGCUUUCACUCUGAACCCCAUCAUCACCUCCAUCUACUGGAUUGUCCUCUUCAUCCUCCAGGCUGGGUACAUCGGCCAUCUCUUCUCGAGUAACUCGGACAUCGUUCACGCUGCCGCCAGCGUCGGAAGUCAUUUCAUCUUCAACAACCUCUUCCACUUCGCCUUUAUCAUGCUCUUUGUCCGCUCUCACUUCCACUGGGCUGAGGUUAUCCUCAUUCUCAACUUCAUCAAUCUUUCCUCGCUCUACUUCCGUCACAACACGUACCCCCGGUUUAUUCACACACCUGUUGUUUCUGGACCUUUGGCCUGGACUUUUGUUGCCAUCUACUGGAACGGUGCUCUGAUGAUUCCCCACCCUCACCACCUUGUGCCUCGUAUUUUUGGAAACAUCUUCAUCUGGUCCAUCCUCGCCUAUGGACUCUUCUUCAUCAUGGUUUACAAGGAUUACACCAUGGGCUUCUCGCUUAGCGUUUUUGCUGCCGCUAUUGGAGUUUCCCAGUUCCUUCACCAGGUGAUUGCCUUCCAGUGGAUCUUUGCCUUUAUCAUCAUGGCUCUUCUAUUCAUCGCCACUGUUGUCGUUGCUGUUCCUGUCGCGACAGGCAGGGAGGUCAAUUGGCGCAGCGCACCUGCUGACCAGGAGCGUGCUCCUCUGCUUGCUGAGUAAACGUCAAAACAGGUGACUGAUAUACGUCGUUGCCCGGGGGUAGCAAUGCUUCCCAUCAACAGGCCCGUGGCCAACUAUUUUACAACUGCGUAUGGAACCCAAGCAGUUUAUUCGCCAUCAUGUGUCUUUUGUUCAUUGUUCUUAGCCGGCCUGUUGUUGCAUCAUUCAACAUCGACGUUGAAUGCGGAGUAAUGGGUGAAUCUGGCGUUGUGGUUUUAUCGAAAUGUCACUUAGUCCUGCUACCUAUGUUCGUUGCAGGUAAUUGUUGUCCAGAUUACUACCUAGUGCUAGGUAUGAGCUUAGCUGCAAUUGAAGAUCUUCGAUUC